UCACAGAGCGACAAGGUGCCGUAAAUCAAGUGGCGUAAACCAUAUGGCAGAAGCGCGGGUUUUAAUGCACAGAGAGAAGGUGUGCUCUAUGGUUAAUGGACGGAAAUGGGAAAAAGAACGGCUAUCAAGGUGCAAUCCUGAGUUGUAAACAGUUCCUUAGCACCUGGUUGAUGAGGGAACAAGGUCGUUAUACCACAGAGAGUGAUGUCUGGAGCUUUGUCAUCUUACUGUGGGAGACCUUCUCCAUGGGAAUGACGCCCUACACCAGCAUGACCAAUCAACAGACACGUGAAGAGGUGGAGAAAGGGUACCGUAUGCCUGCUCCGCACGGCUGCCCCAUUGAAAUCUCCAGGAUUAUGAACAGCUGUUGGCAGUAUGAUCCCAGAAACAGACCAUCUUUUCAACCGGGGAUGCUACAACAUACACUACUGUACAUUUCAUUCAUUAUCACAGUUUGUCAGACUGUGAUAAUAGAGGAUAGAUUUCUAUACAAGGUUUUAGCUCUUUAUCACAACAGACUAAAACUUUGUAACAUUCACAAAUGAACCUGAUGCCCAGAGAUCCCCUCUGCGAUGCUUACAAACAAUACGGAAAUGAGUUACACUAAUUAAAUGUGCUUUAUCUGUGGAUUUUCCCCUCUAUCAUAUGCUGCCUCCUAUUCACCUGCCUGUGAUUGAAGUUCAGUUUUUAUGCUUUUACUCUGAAGGAAUCAGGCGAGGACGUGUUUUAUUGCCGGAAAAGAGUGCUGCCACGACUUCCGGUAAACGUGGGGAGGCGGGAAAUGAAAAGGCUGUCGCAAGUUGUCCGUCGCUUGAAGCCAGCAGCAGUCUGUCAGUGAUGUCCAAAGUAGAGAAGACAGACGUGGAAAGGACACGUCCCCCGCCUGUUAAAGUGCUGUCGGGACAGCUGAGGGCGGCAGGGAACUGGGGCAACGCUGAUAGCGGGGCCGGCUGUGUAAUUAGACUGGGCAGGGGACGCUCUUUGCCUGUCUCGCUGGUGUGGAUGCAGGGGACUGUGCUGGAAGUCCAGCAGGACAGAGACACCGUGCUGCUGAUGGAUGAGACGGGGACUUUCAUUGUUCAGGGUGUUAACAACAUCCCCAAAGGGAAACCGUGCUUGUCCCAAGGGAAAUAUGUCAUGGUGAUGGGCAUCAUUCAGGCGGUCUCACCAGAGCCAGUCAUCCGUGCAGUGAAGAUGGCAGACCUCUCAGAGCUUGCUGCACUUCACAGACGGAUGUGGAAGCUUGAGGUGGAUGACCUGCAGCAGGUGCUGGCCUGAAGUGCUCCUCCUCCUGUAGCUUGUUACAUACUACUGAAGUGUCAAAUGUUACCUCAGCAGACUUAAAAGAUGACUUUCCUGUCUGCUGGACUUGUUUGAUGGAGGUCAAGUGUUUAAGUGAUUAAGACAACUGGUGUGUGGGGCUCCUAAUCCCAAGUUGUCACUGGAGCUGUUAGGUGGAUAACUUAGUUUUUUGAUCAAAAAACUAUCUUCAUUGUAUUAGUACUGUUUUGAGGUUUUGACUCUUUUUCAGAAUACCUUUAAGUAAACAUGGUCAAAAAACUUUUUUUCAAUAAUGCAUCAGAUCUUUAUUAAAACACUGCAUCAGUAUUGACAGAGUUCAAAACUCCCCAUUGUGCAUAAAGCCAUCACCGAGGAUUGCUCUGAACUUGUGUUUAAUGUAAUUGAAGUUUGUAGGAAAUGAUUUUACUUCAACUCUAACAAUGUUACCUGUAACAUACAGGCUUGUAAUAUAUGGACCAUUAUAAGACAAUACAAUAACCAACAAUGUAUGAAACUGCUUUCAUAAUGAUUACAGUGAGAUGGACACCUUUUCUGUAUUUAGUUACUAGAAU